AUGUCGAACGAAGAUAAUGAACUUCAAAACGUAAUUGAUGACCAUCAUAGUCAACUAUUAAACCAGGAUAAAAACAACCUUGAUAAAAAUGAUACUAUUAUAGAGGACUGCCCAUUAUACGAGACAAGUGUAAACCAGCAGUCAGCCCCUGUUGAUGUUGACGAUGGAAAACAUUUACUGUAUCCAGAUAUUGCCACCAGCCUACCAUUGAAGACUUCUGACAGACUUUUGGACGAUAUACUUUGUGACACUAUUUUCCUUAACUCCACAGACCCGAAGGUCAUAGAAAAGGGCCUGCAAACCACUGGUAUUAUAAGGGAGUCCAUGCUUUCUUACUCAACUUUUAGAAGUAGUAUUCGCUCUAACAGCCUGGGUUCAUUAACCGACCAAGUGGUUUUUCAAACAAAAAACGAAUACGAUUCCAUUUCAUGCUCCAGAUAUAACAAAAUAUAUGUCUUUCAGGCCGUUAUCUUGAAUCCAUCACUGACAGAGCAGCUAAUUUCAAGUUUUGAUGAUAUUGUUAAAAUUCCUAUUUAUCAUCUGAAGGUUACUGUGAAAGUCCGCCAAGAAUUAGAACGGUUGAAGAAACAUGUAGGUGUUACUCAAUUCCAUUCACUAGAUCAUUUGCAUGAAUACGAUCGCGUAGACCUUUCAACUUUCGAUCCUUCCGACCCUAAUUUGAUGGAUUACGGCAUUUAUGUUUCCGAUGAUACCAACAAACUCAUCUUGAUUGAAAUUUUUAAACCCGAGUUUAAUUCACCAGAAGAGCAUCAGAGUUUUACUACCGACGCGAUUAAGAACAGAUACAAUGUUAUGUGUCUAAAAAAUGAUUCACUAGAUAAGAAGGAUACGCCAUCUCAAGCUGACUGUUUUUACACGCUUUUUAAAAUUUUCAAGGGACCUUUGAUGAGAAAGAGCAAAUUAGAACCUAUAAAGACAAUUGAUUCUGGAAAUUUGGCCCUUAACACUAACUUGAAUCCUGAAUGGUUAACAUCCAAGUAUGGAUUUCAAGCAAGCUCAGAAAUUGAUGAGGAAACUAAUGAGCCAUUUACUGAAUACGUUCCUCCAGAUAUGGUGGGCUAUGUGAACGAUUUGGAGAUAAGAAAAACUCGAGAGUCAUACGUGAGAAAGUGUUUACAACUAAUAUUUUGGGGCCAGUUAUCCACUUCAUUAUUGGCACCUAGUUCUCCUUUGAAAAACACGAAAAGCGUUAAGGGACUAUCUUCCUUACAGACUUCUUUUUCGACAUCACCUUGGUUUCAUUUAUUAGGAGAAUCCAGAGCCAGAAUUCUGUUGAAUUCCAAUGAGAAAUCUCAUUCACCUUUGGACGCAGAACCUCAUUUCGUUAAUCUUUCCGUUUCACAUUAUUAUACUGAUAGAGAUAUAAUCAGAAACUACGAAUCUUUAUCUUCUUUAGAUCCUGAAAAUAUUGGGCUGUAUUUUGAUGCACUGACAUACAUUGCAAAUAGGAAAGGAGCAUACCAAUUGAUUGCCUACUGUGGAAAACAGGAUAUUAUAGGCCAAGAAGCUCUAGAAAACGCUCUGUUAAUGUUCAAAAUUGACCCUAAAGAGUGCAAUAUUUCCGAGUUAAAUGAAGCGACUUUACUAUCUAUUUACAAAUUUGAAACUUCAAAUAGGAGCCAAUUAACUUCCAAUCAUUUAACGAAUUUGAAAAAUGCUCUAAGAUUAUUGGCCAAAUAUACCAAAUCUGACAAGCUGAAAUUUUACGUUGACCAUGAGCCAUAUCGAGCUUUAUCGCAAGCAUACGACACACUUUCAAUUGAUGAGUCAGUUGAUGAAGACAUUAUAAAAACUGCAUAUUCGGUCAAGAUUAAUGACUCUCCCGGAUUAAAAUUGGAUUGCGAUAGAGCACUUUACACUAUCGCUAUUAGUAAGAGAAGUCUUGAUUUGUUCAAUUUUUUAACAGAGGAAUGCCCACAGUUUUUAAACUAUUAUGGCCCAGAAAAGAUUGAUUACCGAGAGGCAUUAAAGCUUCUUCAAGUAAAUGAAAAUGCUUCUGACGAAACCAUUUUGAAAAUCUUCAAACAGAAGUGGUUUGAUGAGAAUGUUUAUGAGCCCGACCAAUUUCUUAUUUUGAAGGCAGCGUUGACCAAAAUUAGUAUAGAGAGGAAUUCAAAUUUAAUCACCAAUUUCUUACUAACAGGUACGAUAGAUCCAAAUUCUUUGCCGCCAGAAAAUUGGCCAACCGGUAUUAAUAACAUCGGAAAUACCUGUUAUCUAAAUUCCUUACUUCAAUAUUACUUCUCCAUAGCGCCACUAAGAAGAUAUAUAUUGGAAUAUCAAAAGACGGUAGAAAAUUUCAACGACCACCUCUCUAACAGUGGGCAUGUUCGAAGAAUUGGUGGAAGAGAAAUUAGUAGGGGUGAAGUAGAAAGAUCUAUUCAAUUUAUAUACCAACUUCGCAAUCUUUUCUAUGCAAUGGUUCAUUCAAGAGAAAGAUGUGUAACUCCUUCAAAAGAGCUAGCAUACUUGGCAUUUGCCCCAAGUAAUGUCGAAGUAGAAUUUGAAGUGGAAGGCAAUAAACUAGUUAAUGGAACAGCAAACUCUUCAGAUUCAAGAGAGGAAGCAACCCAUGACGUCCCUACUACAAUAGAAAAUGAUCCAAGCUUAAUUGAUUUAGAAAUGGAAUAUAGCCCUAAUGGCGAUGUUGAUAAGGAUGCUAACAACACUGAAAAAGUUGAAUCAAACGAUUUUGAAGUAACUGAGAGGGACGAUACCACAGGAUUAGCUUCACCUACACGUGUGGCAAAAAUUAGUUCAGAUCAAUUAGAAAAUGCUCUAGAAAUGGGUAGACAACAAGAUGUUACUGAAUGUAUAGGAAACGUGUUAUUUCAAAUAGAAAGUGGUUCAGAACCUAUCCGAUAUGAUGAAGAUAACGAGCAAUACGACUUGAUCAAGCAACUGUUUUAUGGCACUACCAAGCAAAGUAUUGUUCCUUUGUCCGCAACAGAUAAAGUUCGCACAAAAGUUGAAAGAUUUCUCUCGUUACUGAUAAAUAUCGGCGACCAUCCUAAAGAUAUUUAUGAUGCGUUUGAUUCUUAUUUUAAAGACGAAUAUCUAACGAUGGAAGAGUAUGGUGAUGUUAAACGUACAGUUGCUGUCACAACAUUUCCUACCAUUUUGCAGGUACAAAUUCAGAGAGUUUAUUACGAUCGUGAAAGACUAAUGCCAUUUAAGUCCAUUGAACCCUUGCCAUUCAAAGAAGUUAUUUACAUGGACAGAUACGCGGAUACAGAAAACACUUUACUGUUAGCAAAAAAGAAAGAAACUGAAGAAAUGAAACAAAAGUUGAAGGUGAUGAAAAGUAGACAAAGAGAACUGUUGAGUCGUGAUGACUCAGGACUUACGAGAAAGGAUGCAUUUUUAGAGAGUAUCAAGCUAUUGGAAUCGAACCUCGUAGAGAAAACACCUUUGAAAACAGAGGCUAAUAAUGAUGUGAUAAAAACAUUGAGAAACAAUGUUAACAACAUCGAUGAUGAAUUGAUGAGCUUAUACAAUAAUAUCAGCAGUUUGGAGGAGAAAAUAAGCCAUCAAUUUGACGAUUUUAAAGAAUACGGAUACUCACUGUUUUCGGUUUUUAUUCAUCGUGGUGAGGCAAGUUAUGGCCACUAUUGGAUAUACAUCAAGGACAGGAACCACAAUGGCGUCUGGAGAAAAUACAAUGAUGAAACCAUCAGUGAGGUCCAGGAGGACGAAGUCUUCAAUUUCAAUGAGGGCAAUACUGCAACUCCAUAUUUCCUAGUGUAUGUCAAGCAAGGACAAGAAGCUGAUAUUGAGCCCUUAAAAAGAAUUCUCGAAUAG